AUGGCUGAUUCAACUUUUGAUGAGUUCUUUGACAAUGAUUUCUAUUCAGCUCCAACUUCAAUCAAUAAUUCUAAGAAUCAUGUUAAAAAUGUUAGAAAUUCAAUUCAAAUCAAACAUUCAAUGUCAUCAAGGUCGUUAAAUGAAUUCACAAAAGAUAUACCACCUUCGGCAACUACCGGUAGUAUAACCACCAAAUCUAAUACACAGACGAACCCUUCUUCUUCAAAAGCCGGGAAUACAUCCGGUAGUACGAGGACAUCUAUUAUUAAAGCUUCACCUUCUUUAAAAGCUUUGGAAAGUAUACUUAAUGAAAAGAAUAAACAAUAUAAUACGGCCAAUACGAAUAUUAUUGAAGAAGUUGAAGAAGAAACAGAAGAAACAGAAAAAGUCGGAAAAGCAAAGAAUCACUCCCAGGGACUUCAUUCAUUAUCACCUCCAAUUUUGUUUAAUUAUAAUAACAGUAAUAAUAGGGAAUCAGUACAAACUUUUGAGACCGCUAUUGAAUCUUUAAACGAGGACGAUACCCUUGCAGUAUUAUCAACUAAUACUAGCAAUAGUAUUGGCAAUAAUAGCAAUAAUAAUAAUAAUAGUAAUGGCUAUCCAUUGACUACCAAGACGAGUAAAUCAUCGUCAGUUAAUUCUCACAAAUAUAAUAAAUCGUCAAUUUCAACAAUUAGUGAGUCCGGGUAUAGUACUGAUGAUACUCCAAUCAUAUCGCAACCACUUACUUUCCAAAGUUUUACACCCCAUAGUUUUGAAUCUCCUCAAUUAAAAAUGGUUGAUAUAACUGAAGAAUCUAAUUUUGAGAAUGAAAAUAGUAAUUCUACUAUAACAACUAAUACAAUCAUGGCUAAAAAUGAAUCUAAAAAUAAUUUAUUUUGUGGUGUUAGCGAUGGUGGUGUCGAUGUUGGUAGUGCUGGCGGUGGUGCGCAAUACAACAAGAAUAAAUUUAACGCAAAUUUCUCCAACAAACAAAUUAAAGAGAAUUUUCAUUCUUCUUCCCAACAACUGUUUCAACAACAAGAACAUCAUCAUCAACCAUCAUUUCAUCAGUCACCAUUAAAUUCAACUGAUCAACAGAUGUCUCCUAAAAGUUCUGAACCAUUACAUCCACCUAGACAUGUAAAACAUCCUACGGACACUACUACUAAUACUACGACUAACAAUAAUAAUCCCUUUUAUAAUACUACUUCGCAUUCCAAUCAAAAUAAUUUAUUUAAUAAAAACGUGUCGAUACCAUUAAAUCAACCAGCAUAUCCAGGAAAUAAUACUACUACCACCACCAAUACUAACAACCAUCAUCAUAACAAAAGUAAUAGUUAUAAUAAUAAUUAUAAUAUUAUUCGUACUGUUAGUAAUAAUUCAAAUUCUAAUAUGUCCCUUGAUUCCAAUUUUUCGUCUCAUUCACCCCUGAAUAAUAAUUCUUCACGUCCAAAAAUUGUUUGUAAAUCCAAAAGUAUGUUGACGGUUUUAACUAAUGAUAAUGAUUCAAUGAGUUCAUCACAUACACCUCCACCAAGAUCCCCAUUACCACCUCAACCAACUAAUGAUUCUGUAUCAUUGGGGUCACCUCAUAAACGACCAUCUCAACCAAGAUCAAAUUCAUCUUAUUCAAUUAUGAAGGGUAAAUUCAAUCGUAAAAAUAGUAACACUACAACAUCAACUGAUUUUCAUCCAGAAAAUAAAACCCUUCUGCAUAAACGAAGUAAUACAUUGAAUGAUUUCAGCAAGUUGAAUAAGGAACAACAACCUUCUUCAGGGGUUUUACCAUCUACUGCAAGUACUAAUCUGAAAUCAAGUAAUGGGAAGAAGAAAUUUAGUUUCAAAUCAUUAUUUAAAUCAAAAUCAAAGAGUCAUUCAUUAAAUGAAUCCAAUUCAUCAAUACUGCUGGAACCCAAAAAAAUGACUUCAAAAUCGUAUUCUACUCCGAAUAUGCAAAUGUUAUCAGAACAACCAAAAUCAAUUGAUGAUGUCGAAGAUACUACUAAUAAUGAACAAAGCACAAAACUGGAAUCUAAAGCACCGUUGCCAACUAAAACAAAUACUUCAUUUAUGAAUAGAUUUAAAAAGAAUAAAUCGUCUGAUAGUUUGAAUAAACUUGGAUCGUCACAUCAACAAUCUGGUUUGAAAAAAGGGGUAUCUAAUUCGAAUCCUUCACUUUCUUCAUUGAAUGGGAAUAAACCGGUUGUCAAUUCAACUAACAAUAACAACUUAAUACAACCAAAUGAAGAACAUUCUAAAUUUGGAUUACUGGCACCACCAGUUAAUAGAAAUUCAUUUAAUUUUAUUAGAGAAGUUAGUGAAGAUAGUGUUUAUAUUGGAGAUCAAAAUGAUGAUAUUGAAGAUGAACAUUCGGGUGAAGAAGAUAUUAAACCAUCGAAAAAGAGACAAGGCUAUAAAGAUGUUGGUAAUAUUCAUAAUAAUAGUGAUGAUGAAGAAGAUGAUGAUAAUGUUGAUCGAUUAUCAAAUUUCAAAUCAAUUGAACGAGGGCAAGAACGUGGUGCUUCAGACGAUGAUGAUGAUGAUGAUGACCAAGAAAAGGAAAAAGAUUUUGACUAUUAUGAUGCUCAAAAUUUAACUGAAGAUCCACCUAAAAAAUUAUCUUCAGGGAAUAAAUAUGGUGAAGAAAUUUCUUUAAUACCACCAUUAAUUGAUUCUAAUCAAUUUGGAUCACCAUUUAAAGUCAAUUAUCAAAGUUCACCUAAAUCAAUUGAUUUGAAACGGGAAGCACAACACACUAAUACUAAUGAUGAUGAUGACAAUAGUAGCCCACUUCAAAGAACUAUCAAACGAUUUUCCGGUCCACCAACAUCAUCUUCAUUAAUUCCUAUCAAACCACCACUGCCAAUAAGAUACCCUCAACAACAGACUAACAAUAAUGUUCAUGUAACAGAAGAUAAGCCUAAUACUCAAUUAUUGGGUGAAGCAUUAUUUCCUAAAUCAUUGAAUGCUCAUGAAGUGGAAAGUAUUGUAUCAUUAGAACGGUCAAGAUCAAUGAAAUCAGUGAAAUCUAAUAAGCGUAGUUCAUUUGUUAAUUAUGAUGGUAGUGAUGAUAAUAUUGUUCAUUAUGUUGGACCUAUAUCAAAACCAACUACUGGUAACAAUGGUAAUAAUGGUAUUACCAGAUCAAAUUCUAUUUUGAAAAAUUCAACUAGUCGAAAAAGUAAUUUGAAUGAAGAAUUAAAGAUGAAUUCAAUUGAUGGUACCGUUUCAGGAACAACCAACAACAAUAUCAACAAUAUUGAUACUAGUGGUAAUUUCAAGGUGAUUAAUGAUACCACCACAACCAAUAAUGAUACUUUUACUACAAUCACUGAUAUUGGUCCUAGUGGUGGUGCAAUUGGUCAAAAUAUUCUUGGAUCAAAUAAUGGGUUUGGAGAUAAUAGUGGUAUUGAUACUGGUGAUGAUGAUUUAAUGGAAUUUAGUGAAUUUAUUGAUGUUGAAAAUAUGAAUUUCCUUGAUUCACCUAUUCGAGGAUCUCCAAUUAACAACAAUGGUAAAUUUAUGCAAUCGUCAACAACUCCUUCGUCUCCAUUAGCUAAUUAUCAUUUUGAUAAUGAUUCUAUUAAUAAAUUACAACAGCAAGAAGAGGAGCUGCAACUGCAGGGAAAGAUUGUUGAUCAAUCGACUCCUGAACCACCAGUUAUUGUUAUUAAUAAAGAUAAUUUAGAUGAUAAGCCAACAACUAUGGAGUCUAAACUCAACUCAAUUCCAGUAAUUACUAUACCAGAUAAAGAAACUAUUGAUAUUAGUAAUAAAGAUUCGAUUGAUUCUAAAACUCCAACUUCAUCACCACUUUCAAUGAAACAUGAUGAUUCACCGAAAACUAGCGUUGAAGAAAAAGAUGACGACCAACAUCAAACAUCUAAUGAGAAAGCGAAUAAUAACGAUAUCAUUGAUGACCAAGUCAUUAUUGCUUCACCUAUUUUAGAAAGUGCUUAUAGAAUCAAAUCCCAACGAUCAGAAAAUGGCAAAUUCACUAAACAAAAUAGACCAAUUUCAAUGUCAUUUAAAGGUAUGAAUGCACCUUCAUUUACUGGGAAACUUAAAAAGGAAGCCUUAAGAAGUAGUGAUUCUCAUCAAUCAUUUAAUAUUAAUUUUAAUGAUGAUGAUGAUGGUGAUGAUGAUUCUUCACUUUCAGUAGGUGGAGGAUUUGGUAGUAGUUCUGAAGAUGAAGAUGAUGAUGCAUAUAGUUUUGAACAAGGAAAUGAGAUUUCGAGUGCAUCAAGAUUUUAUAAUACUAAUGAUGAUUAUAUUGAAAAUAAAGAGAAUAGAGUACCUGGAAGUGCUCAUACUAAUAAUAGUAAUAGUACUGCUAAUGACAAAGUAUCACCUUUAAUUCCACCACCACCUACUAAUUCUCAACCAAAUAUAAUAGCUCAACCACAAUCACCAGCACCAUCAACUAAAUCAUCAGUAUUUUCACCUAAACAAUCGAAUGAUAUCAAUAAAAAACCACUCAAUCAACCCCCGCCGCCUCCAUCAUCAUCGCCACCACAGACUCAACAACAUUUCAGUUUACAACCAUUGAAAAAAUUCACUCAUAAUAAAAUUCCAUCUAUUUCUGACCAAUCAUCAAUUAAUUCAGAAUCAUCACCAAGAUCAUUCACUUCAAUGAUUAGUAAAAAAUGGGGCAACAGAAAGAAUAACAACUACAAUCCUUCUAAUUCUCCAAAUUCAAAUUCAAGUCCAAAAUUCAAUUCAAUACCUCCAAGACCAGCUCCACCACCACCACCGCCGCCACCACCACAAGUUGGAAAAUUGCAAAUCACUAAUGGGGUUAGGUUUAGUUCAAGAAUUAUAUUAUAUGAUACCUAUAAUGAAGAUGAAUAUGAUAGACAUCCUGAUACUGCUACAUGUAAUCAAUUGACUCCAUUAUUAGCUCAACAAAUUAAAGAUGAAUUGAAUAGUUUCAAAAGUGAAAUGGAAAUUCAUGUUGAAUCAAAAUGUUAUACACAUUUUUUUUAG